UUUAACAAUAGUUAGAUCAAAUAAAAGAUGGGUGAGAGAAGAGGCAAUAGCACAAGUAUUAUUAUAAUUCUAAUGUUAUGUAUGUUGGUGUUUCAUUCUAAAAUGAUUUAUGGAGAGACAUACAUAGUUGGUUAUGAUCAAGGUUGGCACACUGGUGUUAUAAACUGGCCUCUAGGAAAAAUUUUCUAUGCAGGUGACAUACUUGUAUUUAAUUACGACCCUUCGAAAGAUAAUGUUGUGAAAGUGACUGAGAGUGGCUAUAAAACAUGUUAUCCUAGAGGAAUUGCAACUUAUAGGUCUGGAGCUGAUAGAAUUCCACUUGAGAAGGGAGGCAACUACUUCAUAAGUGCUGGUCGUGGUCAUUGUGACUUUGAACAGAAAAUUGCAGUCAUUGCUAAUUAACCUCUUAAUAUAUUGUAUUCCUUAAUAAAGUUGAGAAUAAAAUCAUUAUUCUUUACAAUUA